AGUACAAAAAAAAAAAGGAAGAAGACUGCCGUGGACGUGGUUGGUUGGAAAUUUGACCGGGUGUCCUCUGGUAGUUAGUUAGUUAGUUCGUUGCCCUUCAAAGCAAAUUUCAUCAUUUAUCGGUCAUCAUAGACAGAAGCCGAGCGUUAAAUCAUGGCUGGGACAAUUGCACGAAAAGCGAUAGACCACCUCAAGAGCAAAGAAUUCAGAGACUAUUUGAUGAGGUAUCAUUUUUGGGGUCCAGUAGCAAACUGGGGUCUCCCUAUAGCCGCCUUCAGUGACAUGAAAAAGAGCCCAGAGAUCAUCAGUGGCAGGAUGACCUUCGCUCUUUGUUGUUACUCGCUGCUCUUCAUGCGCUUUGCCUACAAGGUCCAACCACGCAACUGGCUGCUGUUUGCUUGCCAUUUGACCAAUGAGAGCGCACAGCUGAUUCAGGGUGGUCGCCUUAUCAAGUACAACUUGGAGAAGAAGACAACAUAGUGGCAAAGUGAAGUGUUCCUUGUCCUUAUUCCACCACACUGACGAAAGCAGCUCCACAAUUGUGUGUGUUCGUUCCUCCAAUCACAGAAGAUGUUGCUGCGUUUCCAUCUCUUUUAAAAAUGAUUGAGCAUCCACAUGAAGUUAAACUCACAUUUUACAACAUAAAACUGAUUUCCCCUAUGAGUAUACUGCUCUGAUUUGAGUUUGCAUCAUUAACCAUGAGGGAAUGUAUGCGCUGAUAAUUCACUUUGCGUUCUGGAUCUGAUGAUUCCAGUGCGUUUUUGUUUUUAAAUAACAUCUAAUUGGAGGAGUUUGAGACUAUUGCUCUUUCACCUUCCAUUUGACGGUGUUUCACUGAAAAUGUAAGUCUGAACUUGUUUGACGAGUGAACAAAAGCAAUAGACUGUUACUCGGGCACUGAAAAGAAAAUAUACGAUUGAAUGUUGCCAAAUGUUGAGGCUGCCUGGAUGUGAUAAUUCGGCUAGCGAUUAUUAAUGUUUCUGAUGACAAAACCUGUUAUGUGUGUUACUUUACGUGUCAUUCUAAUUUAUUGUAGAACCAAAUCAAAAUUUCCCUAAUCUGAUUCUUUGGGUUUGUAAAAAAUAAAGCUUAAAACCAA